AUGUGUGUGGGGACAUUACUGCUCUUAGGAAUAGCUUCUAUUAAUGUGCUCGCAGCAGACUACGAAAUGAUCCUGGAGGAUCCGGAAAUAUUCAACGAUUGUUCAGACGCCCCACCCGGUGCAUUGGAUGUACAUGGAAUGUUUGAUUUGGAGCACUUAACGUUAACACUAGAUGGAGAUAUAGUUCAUGUGAAGGGCAAUGUAACCACCAUUUGGGAUGUGCAACCUGGCGAUCGUGUUGCGGCCUCAGCAUCUUUGUACCAUUUUGAACGAGGAGCUUGGGAACCCACUGUUUUCAGCAUGAGUCAUCAAAAUUUCUGUAGCGUUCUGUUUGAUGAAGACCAGUAUUGGUACAAAUUUUGGAGUCAAUAUGUUACCAACCGAAAUGACGUAGAAAAGAAGUGCCUUAAUACUCCUGGCACCGUCCUGGCUCAUGAACCAUUCGAUGUAAAACUGAUUUUAAAUAAUAUUCGUAGCACCACGAUGAGCGGACGCUAUAAGAUGGUGGUAAUGUUUGAGGCUUUUGAUGAGAAAAAUUUGAAGCGGGACAACAGCAUAUGUUUUGAAAUUAGAGGUGAAUUAGAAAAACUAUAACAUUUGUAAGUCAAAUAUUAAAAAAUGCGAACAGCAUGAGUAUAUAAAUAGA